GCGGGUCCAGGAACCCAGCUGCGUUAGCGGACUGGGUCUCCUAGCAACCUGGCAGGCCAGCCAUGGCCGGCGGGGAGCGGGACUACAUUUCCCAGAGACAUCACGUCCCGAACGCGGCUUCAUUUCCGUUUGUUCGCGCGAUUUAGGGGCCUUGCGUGGGGAGAGGGCUGCGUCUGCAGAGGAGCUUGGCCUGGCUCCCGCAGUGGGGGACGAACCUGAGACCAGGCGCCGGACCCUGGGCCCUGAACUGCACCGUCUGUGGAGCACCCAGAGGAAGAAAGAAUGGCUGUUUUACAAUCAAAAGGAAGCUCCAGGCACUGCCUUUUGCAGACUCUGUGCUUCUCUAAGAUAGGAAUCCAGAAGAUAAUCGAUCAUUUCUUGCAGCUGUAAAAACCAUGGCUCAGAGAUCAGUAAUGUUCAGGGAUGUUGCCAUUGACUUCUCUCAGGAAGAGUGGGAAUACCUGGAUUCUGCUCAAAGGGAUUUGUAUAGAGAUGUGAUGUUGGAGAACUAUAGUAACUUUGUAUCACUCGACUUACCUUCAAGGGGUACAAACAAGGACUUAUCUCCAAAAAAGGACACUUCUGAAACAGAAUUAUCUCAAUGGGAAAUGAGUGCCAGGCUUGACAACUGUAAUCUUGAGGAAUCCAGUUCCAGAGAUUAUUUGGAAGUCAAACGCACAUUGGAAAAGCCACAAGAAAAUCAGGAGGAAUGUUUCAGGCAAGGAAUAACCAUAUAUGAAAAAAUGUCUAUUUUCAACCAGCAUACUUAUUUAUCUCAACAUGCUAUGUGUCAUUCUACUGAGAAACCCUAUAAGUGUAAGGAAUGUGGGAAGGCCUUUAGACGAGCCGCACAUCUAACUCAACAUCAGAGUAUUCAUACUGGUGAAAAACCCUAUGAAUGUAUGCAGUGUGGGAAGGCCUUUAGUCGUGACUCACAACUCAGUCUUCAUCAGAGACUUCAUACUGGUGAGAAACCCUAUUCCUGCAAAGAAUGUGGGAAGGCCUUUACUCAGAGCUCUCAGCUUAUUUUACAUCAUAGGACUCAUACUGGUGAAAAACCAUAUAAAUGUGAAGAAUGUGGGAGAGACUUUAUUCGUAGCUCACAACUCAGCCGACAUCAAAAAGUUCAUACUGGGGAGAAACCUUAUAAAUGUAAAGAAUGUGGGAAGGCCUUUACUCAGAACUCACAACUUACUCUGCACCAGAGACUUCAUACUGGUGAGAAACUCUACGAAUGUAAAGAAUGUAGAAAGGUCUUUACGCAGCUCUCCCAACUUAUUCUUCAUAAGAGAAUUCAUACUGGUGAAAAACCCUAUGAGUGUAAGGAGUGUGGCAAAGCUUUUAUUUGUGGCUCACAGCUUUCUCAACAUCAAAAGAUUCAUAAUGGGGAAAAGCCAUAUGAAUGUCAGGAAUGUGGAAAGGCCUUUAUUCGUGGCUCAUUACUUAUGCAGCAUCAGAGGAUUCAUACUGGUGAAAAACCCUAUAAAUGUGAAGAAUGUGGGAAGGCUUUUAUCCGUGGCUCACAGCUUACUCAACACCAGAGAAUUCAUACCAAUGAGAAGCCCUACGAAUGUAAGGAAUGUGGGAGAACCUUUAGUCAUGGCUCACAACUUUCUCAGCAUCAGAGAAUUCAUACUGGUGAGAAACCCUAUCAGUGUAAGGAAUGUGGAAAGGCCUUUAAUCGUGGCUCCCUCCUUACUCGACAUCAACGGAUUCAUACUGGCGAAAAACCCUAUGAAUGUAAAGAAUGUGGAAAGACAUUUAGUCGUGGCUCAGAACUUACUCAACAUGAGAGAAUUCACACUGGUGAGAAACCCUAUGAGUGUAAGGAAUGUGGGAAGUCUUUUAUUCGUGGCUCACAGCUUACUCAACAUGAGAGAAUUCACACUGGUGAGAAACCCUAUAAAUGUAAAGAAUGUCGAAUGGCCUUUACACAGAGUUCACAUCUUUCUCAACAUCAGAGACUUCAUACUGGUGAGAAACCCUAUGUAUGUAAUGAAUGUGGGAAGGCCUUUGCUCGUGGGUUACUACUUAUACAGCAUCAGAGAAUUCAUACAGGUGAGAAACCAUAUCAGUGUAAGGAGUGUGGGAAGGCCUUUAUUCGUGGUUCACAACUUACUCAACAUCAGCGAAUUCACACUGGAGAAAAACCCUAUGAAUGCAAGGAAUGUGGGAAAGCCUUUAGUCACGGUUCUCAACUUACUCUACAUCAGAGAAUCCACACUGGUGAGAAACCCUAUGAAUGCAAAGAGUGUAGAAAAGCCUUUACUCAGAGUUCACAUCUUUCUCGACAUCAGAGAGUUAUACUGGUGAGAAACCAUAUCAAUGUAAGGAAUGUGGGAAGGCCUUUACUCGUGGUUCACAACUAACUCAACAUCAAAGAAUUCAUAUCAGUGAGAAAUCCUUUGAAUAUAAGGAAUGUGGGAUAGACUUCAAUCGUGGCUCACAAGUUUAUAUAUGAAUUCUCUGAUUCUUUGUGAUUAAUACAGAGAGUCUUCUCUGGACUUUAACCCGUAAUCAUCAAAGAAUGCUUAAAAUGUGAAUGUCGAAACAUACUUGCUUCAUAUAGUAUCAGUGAAUUUGUAUGGGGGAAAGCUAAUGAUAAUGUAAUCCAUGUAGGAAAACCUAUCAUUACUGGAAAUCUAUUAAACUUUAGCAGAUUAUAAAAGAAUAAUUCUUUUAAUGUAAAUAUAAGGAGAUUUUUAGCCAUAGCAUAUGUCUUUUUCAAAAUUAUCUUGACUCUUGCAGUUGCUUUCCUUUGUGACGUUUAUCAUGAUAGUUAACCUCUGCUUUGGUUUAAUCAGUUGUCAGGCAGACCUAAGAAUAAUUCCUUCCUUAUAAGAUUCUUGGGAGUAUUAUGUAAGUUCUUACCUGUAAAGUUCUUAGAACAGUGCCUUCAACAUGGCAUAUUACAAACAUUAGCAAUCAUUAUUACUUGUGUUAUUUUAGAGAAUUUGCAUGAGAUGAGAACUUUUAUUAUUAUAAUGAAUAGUGAGAAAUCUUUUUUUUUUCUCCUGUCUUUUCAGGGCUGCACCCUGUGGCAUAUGGAAGUUCCCAGGCUAGGGGGGGAAUUGGAGCUUUGGCUGCCAGCCUACACCACAGCCACAGCAAUGCCAGAUCCAAGCUGUGUCUGCAACCAACACCACAGUUCAUGGCAACACCAGAUCCUUAACCCACUGAGUGAGGCCAGAUAUUGGAGUCCUCAUGGAUACUAGUUGGGUUUGUUACCACUGAGCCACAACGGGAACUCCUGAAUACUGAGAAAUAUUUUCAUUAACACUUAGCCCUGAUUAUUUGAGUGGUGGGGACACUGUAUGUUGUAAUUAAUAUGAGAAAGCUUUCAUUCAUAUCUCAUCCUAUAUCCUAUAAGAGGAAAUUUAUAGUGUUUUUAAAAACCCUAUAGAUUUAGUCAGUGGAUUUUUGAAGAGGUGUGAAGAAAAUUGUAACAAAGUCCAAAAGCUCAUAUUUUCUACCAUUUCUGAGCACAAUUCAGGAACAUUACUUAGAAAUGGAAAAAAUGGAUAGCCAAAAUAAACCUACUAGGAAAUUUUUAAAAACUUAAGUACACAGCUUUUGAAUUAAACUAUAAAUAAAGACUGACAGUAUAGUCUAUUUUGCAAUGAAAAAUGAUGAGACUCUGUGUCAGAGACUGCUAUUUUCCUACCGAGUAAUCAUGUCCCCUUCUUUAGUAACUGAAUUCUUAGCCUCCCUUGCAGGUCAACAGGGUGGAAGCAGUAGUAUGACUAGGACGUUUAAGAAAUCCUUUUUUCCUCUCUGCACUUUUUUGUUUCCCUGCCUACAAUGUGCAUAUUUAAUCUGUGGCUCUGGCCACAGACCUAAGAAUGUUAUCUGCAUAUUAAGGAUGAUGGAGCAGAAAUACAGAAUGCAUCUGUCUACACAUAUACUGAUUUUAUAAAACAGCCAUAGCAACUUGGGUGUGCCUGCUUCCUGUUCUUCUUUAUGUAAAAUUAAACUUCUUAUUUGUUGAUGCUGUUGUCAUUUUGUUGUUGACAGUAAAAAUUAUUACGGAUUUAAAAGUUUGUACCUGGAAGAAGAGUGCUGUGGUAAAAGAAGUCUUGAAUAUGGCACUGACAUAGGAUGAUGCAGAAUGAGGAUCUGCUCAUUUCAGGCCAGAAAACUGAAAUGAGCAGACGCCUUCUGACAAGGAAGGUAUUGUACCAAUUAAGGCUGUAAUGUUAGAGGAAAUGGUAGGAGUGAUUCAGAAUAUGUGUGUUGGAUGUUUCUUGCUGCUUUCAGUAAUGUCCUGUGGAAGAGAUGAUUUUAGUGCAGAAUUAGCUACAGAGGCUGCUAGCAGAGAUUGGAAAUGAUAUUGCUUUGUUAAGAGAUGUUGUCACUGCCUGCAGGUGCUUGAUCCAGGUGGAUGGUAAAUUCAUAAUUUUGAAAUUUGUGGGGUUCAAAAUGCCAAACUGAUCCUCUACCCCUAACUGAAGCCACUUGGAGUGUUUUAAAAUAGAAGUCUGAACAAAAAUGACACUGUUGCCCCAUCCAUGUAAAGGCAGUGAGUCUCCUUCCAAAGAUGACUUUAAAAUGCUUUCCCCACCCAAGCCUUUCAUUCUAAAGUUAGUUAUAUUUAUUAAAUACUUACUCUAUUCCAGCCACUGUCAUAGGUGUUUAGGAUACAUCCUCAAGCAAUUCUAGCAGGAGGAAAUGGAAUAAUAAUAAAUUGGAGAGUGUGUAUAUGUUGGGGGGGGCCAUUCAAAAGGAGUUGAGAAGAAUAUGACAAUAUUUGUUGCUUUAUGAAAUAGAAUGAUCAGAAUGUAGACCAUGGAGAAGGAAAGAUUUGAGUCAAGAUUUGGAGGUGUGGUUAUCUAAGGGAGGAGCAUAUCAGACAAAGGGAAAAAGCUAGAGCAAAAGGCCUUACAAUGGGACUAUGCCAGGGUAUUUGAGCAAUCUCAGGGAAGCUAUUACAGAGGUCUCAGCAAGGGGAUGAUUGCUAGAGGAGGUCAGAUAACAAGGCCAUAUCUUGGAAGCCUUUGUAAGUCAUUGUCAGCGUUUUGGAUUUUAUUAUGAGGGAAAUGGUCAGGCCUUGGAGAGUUUUGGCAAACAACGUGAUCUGACACAUUGCUGUAGUGUUUAAAAAAAAAAACAGGUGAUCUGAUGGUUGCUCAGACCAAAUGGGUCACAGUGGUGAGAAAUGGUUGGAUUGUAGAUAUACGGUAAAUAGGAUGGGCCAGGCAAGAUUUGUUUAGGGGCUAGAUGUCUGUUGUGAGAGGAAGAGUCCAGGAUAACAUUAACUCAAAGGUUUUGGUCCCAAGUAACUAGAAAGAUGUGUUCCCAUCAGGUAUGAUAGGGAAAGCUACAGUUCUUUCAGGUGUGUAGGAGAAGACUGGGAGUUCAGUUUUGAACAUGUUGAGUUGGAAAUGUCUUUUAGACAUAAAAUGACAGUAUGGAGUCAUUUUAUUGGAUGUUCUAGCUUGUACUGUUCUAGAGAUUAUAUUAAUUUGGUGGUUAUUGCCUGUACUUCCUUAAAAUAAGGAGGCAGGAUAAAAUCAUUAAGGACUUACAUGUAAAUGAGAAAAGAGCAAUAGCAGAGACUGAUCCACAGUGUGUUCCAACAUUAAGAGUUCAUGGAUAAAUGGAGAGACCAGCAAAAGAUGCUAAGGAAGACCACUGAGAUGGUUGGAAAACUGAGGCAAUGUGGCAUUACAGAAGUCAAAAGUCAAAGGAAGGAUAAUCAGUGGUUUCAUAGACCAUUGGCAGAUUACAUAAUUGUACAAGGCUUGAGAAUUGGCUAUUGGAAGGGUGUGUACAUGUAUGACUGGGUCACUUUGCUGUACAGCAGAAAUUGGCACAACAUUGUAAAUCAAUUUUACUUUAAUAAAAAACAUUUUUUAAAAGAAAAAAAAAGAAUUGGAUAUUGGACUUAGUAAUAUUGAUAUUAACUGUUGACCUUGAAAAGAGCAGGGGUAUCUUUGGUGUGUUUGUUUGUUUGCGGAGUGACUGAAGUAAAAGCCAGAUAAGAGAAUAGAAAUUGGAGACAGUGAAUAUAGAGACAGCUACUUGCAGGUGUUUGGUUGCAAAACAAAACAAAAGAAAUAUGUCAUUAAUUAGAGUAGCAGUUAAGAAUAGGAGAGUUUUUAAAUUUAUUUUCAGGGUGGGAGAAGUAACUGCAGUUUUUUUGCUGAUUGGAAUAAUCCAGUAAGGGAGAUAGAUAAUUCAGAACAAAGAAGUGAGAAUUAUUGGAGCAAUGGCCUUAUAUAGGUGAGAGGGGAUAAGACUAGUAGAUGGAAGGCUGAGCUUUGCAGUUAAUACCAUGGGAAGUUUAUUCCUGGCAAUAAAUGGCAGAAUAUGGGGUGCAGAUGCUGGGACAUGAGUAAAUGAGGUAGAAGUCUUUUGAAGUGUUCUUCUGAUUCCUUCAGUGCUUUCAUUAAGUGAUAAGCAAAAUUAGGUGAAAGUAUGGGAGAUAAGAAGUUGGGGAUUUAAAAGAAAAGAAUAUGAAAUAGUUACUAGGAGUUCCCGUCGUGGCGCAGUGGUUAACGAAUCCGACUAGGAACCAUGAGGUUGCAGGUUCGAUCCCUGCCCUUGCUCAGUGGGUUAACGAUCUGGCGUUGCCGUGAGCUGUGGUGUAGGUUGCAGACGCAGCUUGGAUCACGCUUUGCUGUGGCUCUGGCGUAGGCCAGUGGCUACAGCUCUGAUUCGACCCCUAGCCUGGGAACCUCCAUAUGCCGCGGGAGUGGCCCAAAGAAAUAGCAAAAAGACAAAAAAAAAAGAAAGAAAUAGUUACUAAAGUGAGAUAUUUAAUGUACAGUACAAUUGCCUGGGAACUUAAAGGACUGGAAAACUCAAAAGAGCAACAGGUGAGUAAGCCAAAGGAAUCAUUAGGCUUAAAAAUAUAUUUACACAAAAUUUUUGGCAUUGUAAUUAAACAAUAGCAAAUAGUUUGAAAGCCUACUGAGUUUUAAGGGGAAGUGUUCUGUUAAUGAAACCCAAUCUUGGCCUGCAAUAGCCUAUGACUCAAAUCCCCUGAACAGUCCGCAGGCUAUGGUACAGAUUCAUCAGGAAAUGGCCCAUUUUUGUAAAUUUCCCAAAGAUAUUUAUGACACUAUAUAUGUUAUGAAAAUAUGCAUAUGUACAUACCUCAAAUGUAGUCUUUUUCCAUUUGCCUUUAAAAAAUACAUAAAUUAGGAGUUCCCGUCGUGGCGCAGUGGUUAACGAAUCCGACUAGGAACCAUGAGGUUGCGGGUUCGGUCCCUGCCCUUGCUCAGUGGGUUGACGAUCCGGCGUUGCCGUGAGCUGUGGUGUAGGUUGCAGACGCGGCUCGGGUCCCGCGUUGCUGUGGCUCUGGCAUAGGCCGGUGGCUACAGCUCCGAUUCAACCCCUAGCCUGGGAACCUCCAUAUGCCGCGGGAGCGGCCCAAGAAAUAGCAACAACAACAACAAAAGAAAAAAAGACAAAAAAAAAAACAAAACAUAAAUUAUAUAUUCUACUUUUUAAAUGUGCUUUGCUUUUCCACUUACCUGUUUUGGCAGUCAUCGAAGUUUCUAUUACUGUGUAAUAGCUGCCCCCAAACUUAGCUUAAAAUACAGUAAUUGUUUAUUUAGCUCAAACAUCUACAAAAAUUUGGACAGAGCUUGUCAGCAACAGCUCAUCUCUAGUCCACGCAGCCUCAGAUGUGUGGCUUGAAAGCUAGGGUGUGAGUCACUUGGUAGCGAAAGGCUAGAAUCACCAAAAGACUUACUUGUUCACAUGCCUGGCGGUUGAUUCUGGCUGUCACCUGGACCACAGGAUGGUCAGCCACAAUACCUGUCGGUGAUAUCUCUUUGCAGCUACUUAGCAUGGUGACUUGGGUUCCAAGAGUGUGUCCCAAAGAAGGCAGAAGUGCAUGUAAUUUUUAUGAUAUAUCCUCAGAAAUCAUAUAAUAUCACUGUCAUACUCCAUUGGUUGAGGCAGUUACAACUCAAUGAAAGUGUCAUAUUGUAAGAAGAGCUUAUAGGAUGGGAUAUGUUUUGGCCAUAUUUGGAAAAAUACAAUAUGCCAUAAGCAUGUGCCCAUACCUAGCCUUGAGAGUCACAUAAUCUCACUGCUGCCAUUUUCUAUUGCUUUAGGCAGUUAUGUCUUUAAAAAAAAAUUUCUGGAGCACUUUAUUUUUUUUCUUAUUGAAGUAUAGUUGACAUGAAAUAUUAGUUAUAUUAGUUUCAGGUGUACCUCAUAGUGAUUUGACAUUUGCAUAUAUUAUGACAUGAGCACAGUAAAUCUAGGAACCAUCCAUCCUCAUAUGAAGUUAUGACAAUAUUGUUGACCAUAUUCCUUAUGCCAUAUAUUAUGUCCUCAUGGCUUACUUAUUUUAUAACUGGAGAUUUGUAUCUCUUAAUUUCUUUCACCUAUUCCAUCUCUCUGGCAACCAUCCAUUUGUUCUCUAGAUAUAUAUCAUUAGAACUCAUAGAUAUGAGUUGGUUUUCAUUUUGUUUUUCUAGAUUCCACAUAUAAGUGAGAGCAUACAGUGUUUGUCUUUUCUAAAAUUUCACUUAGCAUAAUACCCUCUAGAUCCAACCAUGUUGUCCAGAAUGACAAUAUUUCAUUUUUCAUGGCUGGGUAAUAUUCCAUGGAAUAUAUAUAUGAAAACUUCAUAUCCAUUCAUCUAUUGGUGGAUAUUUAGGUUGCUUCCAUGUCUUGGCUUGUAAGUAACACUGCAGUGAACAUUGUGGAACAUGUAUCUUUGAAUUAGUGUUUUUGUUUUCUUUAGGUAAAUAACCAGAAGUGAAAUUCCUGGAUAACAUGGCAGUUCUAUUUUUAAUUUUUAGAGAAAAUUCCUUACUGUUUUUCCCAGUGGCUACAUCAAGUUACAAUCCUAUCAACAAUGUAAGGGUUCUCUACACUUAGUUUUUGUCUGUUUGAUAGCCGUCCUGAUAAUGAGUGUGAGGUCGUAUCUCACUGUGGCUUUGAUUUGCAUUUCCCUGAUGAUUAUUAGUGAUAUUGAGCAUCUUCUCAUGUGUCUGUUGGCCAUGUGUAUAUCUUCUUUGGAAAAAAAUGUUUAUUUAGGUCUUCCACCCAUUUUUAAUUAGAUUGUAUUUUUGAUGUUGAGUUGUAUGAGUUUUGUAUAUUUUGGAUAAUAACCCCUUAUUGUAUAUAUCAUUUGCAAAUAUCUUCACCUAUUCAGUAGGUUGCCUUUUUGACUUUUUUUUUUUUUGAAGGACCACACCCACGGCAUAUGGAGGUUCCCAGGCUAGGGGUCCAAUCAGAGCUGUAGCCGCCAGCCUACAUCACAGCCACAGCAACUCGGGAUCCAGGCUGUGUCUUCGACCUAUGCCACAGCUCACGGCAACACUGGAUCCUUAACCCUCGGAUCGAGGCUGGGUAUCGAACCUGCAUCCUCUUGGAUCCUAGUCAAGCUCAUUAACCACUGAGCCACAAAGGAAAAUCCGCCUUUUUGUUUUAUUGAUAGUUUUCAUCACUGUGCAGAAUCUUUUUAGUUUGAUAUAGUCCCAUAUAUUUAUUUUGGCUUUUGUUUCCCUUGCAUGAGGAGGCAGAUCCAAAAAAAUAUUGCUAAGUCCAAUGUCAAAGAUUGUAUCUUGAUCAGAGAAUGUUACAUUUUAUAUAAGAUGGAUUUAUUUUGGUGGGUGUUUUUGGAAAAUACAUUUUGUCCUUGAGAUCUUCUCAGACAUGAAGAAUAUCUUCAUUUUUAUGGUAACAUAUUAUUCUUAUAGCUAUAUAUUAUUCUUUUAUUGAUGUACCAUCAUUUUGGCAGAAUUCCAAAAUUCUCAUUUUUCUCCUAGGCACCUGGCUACCCAGACAGAUACCAAAUUUCCCAUUCUUCCCUGCCAGUUAUGGCCCUUUGACUAAGUGAAACAACAGAAGUGAUGUGCAGUUUCCCUUUCAUCUGCCCAAAGAGUAAUUUCUAUAAGAGUAUAAAUCCUAAUAAUUCCAGUUAAUGUAAAUAUUUAAUAUGGCUAUUAAAGGAUAUAUUUUACUUCUAUUUCUAGACCAAGAUGGAAUAUAAAGAAAUAUUAAACUAUGGUAAAAGAGUAAAUAUAAGAUGUAAAAGAAGUCUGGAGAGUACCCACGGACUGAGGGAGAAUAUCAAGGGAAGGAUAAAUUUUAAAGUGGGCCCUAUCUAAGUCUGGGAUUCAAGCUUCACAGAAGGUGUGGUUUCAAUCCCACUGGAUGGUGGAGAAUUUUUGUGGGUUUCCAGGGCCAGAGCUGAUCUGUAGUCAUUGAGCAAGCAGGAAACAAACCUUUGGGACUUGAUUGAGUUGCAUCUUGUAGAGUUGAUGUGUGGGUACAAACUUUGGAGAGCACAAUGUCUGCAUUGAAAGGGCCAUGGGCAACCACCAGGGCAUAAGUGACCCGCAGCUGGUGUGUAGGCACCUAGGGAGAGUCAGAAGUUAUGUAAUAUGGCCCAAGGGCUACAGUUCAAAUUACCUGCUUAGAGAAGGUAGUCAGUUGUCCUUGGCUGGGUUGCAGAGUUGUCAAGGGACUCUAUGCUCUCAAGGUGCACGGCUGGGGCAGAACAUCACUCAAAGUUCUCACAUACCCACACUACUAAACAGACAUAUAGGAGGAGCAAGAAAAGGCAAAACAAUGCACACUCAUUACAGUGAGAGAAGCCAAUUGAAAACCUUAACAUCAUGCUCACUGUAAAGCAUAAAACUUAAGUCAGUCCAUUAAUAGCAUAGCAGGUACUGAAAGUUGAAUUUGGAGCACUGAGGCAAUAAAUUGAUAACUGGCACAGAAGUGGUUGAAUAUCUGGAAAAUAAAAGGUCCUUUCAGUCAUAAAAGCUCAGGUGAAUUGGAAAGUGUGAAAUCCAUACAGAUUUUACAGUAAAAAAAAAAAAA